CUUAAGCGGAAUUCUACGCGAUUGCAGCGCUUGACUGGUCAUCUACUGCACUCAGUCGCCACGAGUAGUGAAUCCAGCCCCCAAUUAGCAGUCAGUUUCAGACGACCGCAUCUGCCUCCGUCUCCUUCUCUCUCCUUCUCUAGUCUCAUCUUUCGAACAUGAUCUCGCCUCUUUUUACCUUCAGACACACCCAGAUUCACCUCUCACGGCCUAUACACCCCGUGUGCUCCGCUUCUAUUCGUGGCCUGCUUUUAAAUUAGCAACAAUCCUCUCGCUCAGCCCUGCUUAGUCAUCGCCCCUCUACCCCCAAAAGGCGCCAGUGGAGAAUCCCUUUUAAACGAUCGACGAGAGGGAUCAGGGCUCUCUAUGGUGUCAAGCUGUCUAUUCUAAAAGUGCUGAAGUCGGAGCUGGCCUCCUCAUGUCUAACGGUACUUGACGAUGAGUACAUUCCACAAUUUUAUGCUGCAAGCCAAAAAAGCACGCGCUGCCAUCAACAGAGGCAAGAGAUCCGACGCCAAGAAGAGCAAUUCCUCCAAACCCGGUGCAGUGCCAUCUUCCGUGUCGUUAGUGGACAUAGUACCGACCUCGGCCCCCUGGGACCUCCUCCCCGUUGAAAUCCAGAUCAAGAUAUUCGCCCACUGCGGCGUCACCGAUCUACUACCACUGAAGCUGGUCUGCAAGUCAUUCUACCAGCUGCUUACCUCCCAAGAACAAUGGAUCACGCGCCAGUAUCUGCGACAACGCCGCGGCGGAACGCUUCCUUCCCCUAUCGACGGCGAGAAAACCUAUACUAGAAGUCCGGAGGAUGAUGUAGUGCUUCUGUCGGACCUGUUCCCUCCGGCGAAAAGUGCCAGGGGGGGCCAUAUCUACACCUUCAAGUACAUCUUCAGUUUGCGCCGUCGGCAGAAGCAAUGUUCAAAGUUGAGCUGCUACCUUGCGGAUCGUGUCAUGGAUCGGUUCGUGCACAGUGAGCCAGGCUUCAUGAAGUCCGUUUUCUCCUCCAAGGCCGAGCGAUAUGCUUUUGUGCAGCAGACGGCCGCGCGGUUAUGGUUCUACCUCACUCCCCUGAUGUACUAUGCUCUCUACUUCCUGGAAACCUAUGCUCUCGCCAGACGAGAGCAAACCAACAUCCUCCUACGAGAAUUCGAGGCCGGACGUCUUCCGGUUCCCAUCCCCCCUCACAUUCGUAAAGUCAUGUACCGGGAGCUGCAAGUAAAGAUAAUCAAGGCACCCCCGUUCACCGACACGGCGACUCUUAUCGCCACGCACCACUGCAUGCAACUCCUAGUCUCUUACCUGCGGUAUACGGUACCACCGGAUGAGCCUACGGUGUCGGAUGACAGUUGGAUCGGGUCACUGCUCACCGUAUCCCCAUUCUCGCGGAUCGUGGAGUAUUUCUCUGCAGAGAUCGGGGACGGCGGGAGCCAGCGGAUGCAGCGAAAGGAGUUUAUGCACAAUUUCCACAACGAUAUCACUUUGAACGAGAAGGACGACAUCCAGUCCUUGGUGUUCCAGAUUUCGCCAAACGUCCACCUCCACGGAUCCGUGGAAGACGUCUGGUUCGAUGUGGUCGGGGAAGAGCUGGCUUCGAGGCAUGCGGCGCCCCAUGAUGUCGAUCGCGUCAUGGUCUGGAACGGGCUGCCUGUCUUAUUGUCCUGUCGCGAGUGCCGCGUGAGAGAGGGCUGGCAUGCGUGAAUCUUUCCGUUUUGGGUUUAGCAAGCGCUGCGUUAUCCUGCAAUUUCUCUGUUUUUUGAGGCAAGGCGUUCCAGCG